AAGGCUAAGGGGAUUUGAACUGUUGAAGAGCUUUAGCAGACCAAAGAAAAUACAGAAAAUGGCGGCAGCUUCACUUAGUCAUUUCUUCAAACACCUUUCCUGCACAGUGCGCCUCCAAUUUCCAAGACGCUCACACCGUCUUCUUCAUCGUCCCUUACCUUCCCACUUCUCUGAACACACCUCUUCAUCCACGAAGCUUAACCUCAAUCAUCAAUGGCGGCCCUGUUCUUCCUCUGCUACUGCUUCUCUCUCGUCUUCUCCAACGACCUCCAAGGAUUCUAGUGUGCCCCUUUAUCAUUCUGUCCUCAUAAAAUGCCGUAAAGAUGUCGUUGACUCAUUUACAGAAGCUCUUAUGAGCUUCGGUGCAAAUUCUGUCAGUAUGGAUGAGCAUGAUGACUACGAGGACUCCAAUGAGGUCAGCAUUUGUUCAAUAUUCAGUGGAUGUGGAGAUGUGACUUCAUCCAUAUCAUAUGCUGCUGAUUCCAUUGGCAUAGAAAUGCCAGACUUUGAACUCCUAAAAUAUGAUCCCUAUGACUGGAUAAAAAGAACUCAGGAAUCAUUUGAUCCAUUGGAAAUAACCAAGGGCCUCUGGAUUGUGCCCGAGUGGAAAACUGCUCCAGAUGCCCGAGCAACAAAUAUAAUUGUGAAUCCUGGUUUAGCUUUUGGAACUGGAGAGCAUGCUACAACCAAGAUGUGUCUACUGUUGCUACACCAAACUAUAAAAGGAGGUGAACACUUCCUGGACUACGGCACAGGGUCUGGAAUUCUCUCCAUUGCGGCACUGAAGUUGGGGGGUACUUUGUCAGUAGGAGUUGAUAUUGACCCUCAAGCAAUAACAGCUGCUCGUCAGAAUGCUGAACUGAACAAUAUAGAACCUGAGCAAUUGAAGUUGUGUCUAGUUCCCUCAGAAGACAGUGCUUCUUUGGUGGAUGAAAAGGUGCAUGAAGAUCUCUGUGCUAAGGGAUUGCCUGUAGAUCAAAUAGACACGUAUAAAUAUGACAUAGUCAUUGCAAAUAUAUUGUUAAAUCCACUGCUGGCAUUGGCAGAUGAGAUUGUUUCACAUGCUAAAGUAGGAGCAACUGUUGGUCUCUCUGGUAUAAUACAUGAACAGGUUCCAUCAGUCAUACAGCGAUAUUCUCUGCUCUUGGAAGACAUUUCAGUCUCAGAAAUGGAAGAUUGGGCUUGCAUACAGGGAAGAAAGAAGAAUGGGAUUUGAUUGCAGAAUGUAGCCGCUAAAAAUAUGAAUAGAAGUGAAAGAUUGGUUGUAGCAAGAGUUUUGCAACGAGGAAGAAACCAUUACAAGAGCAGCGAUUCUGUAUGUUUCAUUGAGAUAUAAUGAAGCGUUGCAUGUUAUAUGGCAGGGAUUAUAAUUCUAAGUUUUGACACCCAUAACUGAAGGAGGUAUUAGUGAGAACUAACUCUUGUUUUUGUAGUCAGGCAGUGUUAUUAAUUACUCUAGAAUUCUUAUGUAUAUUAUUAUGUAAACUCAAAAUGUAACAUUUGUUUGAGAGGAAAAAAAAAACCUCUACUUGUAACUUGUUUAACAAUAAUACAAGCUUGUAAGUUAACCUAUGCAUGUUUGUCGUUCACAGGGAUAGUUGGCUAUCAAUCAUUAGAUUAUGGUUACGGCCAAGCAAUUCAUGGU